UAAUGCUAACCUUUUUCAAAAGGUAGGAAGACACGUACCAGGCUGUUGAUGGAAGAUGCUCCGACGGUGUUGACUAGGUGGAUGGCAAGUUGAACCAGGAAGACGACAAGAAGAAUGGAAGGCAUAUUGAGUGAUCACUAUGGAAGUAUGCGCAUACCACAAGAAUUGUAUGCGAGGGAAAGUUGUCGCUGUGACGGUUAGCAGGUGAGCUGUUAAACCCCGAGCCUCACACAAACAAACCACCGCGCUAGGGCGAGGCUACUGUACAACGGAAGGCUCAUUCGUUCGUCUCUAUACUCCCACAUAAACAUCACAAUGUCGAGAGCUCUUGACUCCGAAACCAUUUCAUCUGCUUCCAAAGGAGAUGCAGAAAAGUCUUAUACGGAUAUCACUCGGGCUCUCUGUAUCGAUGCAGAACCCUUCCUCGAGAUUGAAUUUCUGGGCAAGAGUCACCCAAUACCCGCGGGUACCAGUGUUCUUGUGGAUGGUAACAAUAUUGCUGUUUCGAAGGCGAAACUCGUUCAGGCUUUUGUAGUUGCUCGACAAAUCCUUUUCCGGAAUUUGAAAGACUGCCCGAAUGAUCAGAUUUCUCACUGUCGAGAUGCAUCCGCGGUCAUGCUCUUGAUGGAUCCCGAACACCUAACAGCUGCCAAUUUUCGCAAAGGACUGCUUGUACGUCUCCGAGAUGGGCCGCGGGACGAGUUCGAAGCAUUGUUGAAGAAGGAGCUUCUGUUGGUAAACAGCUACUUAACUUCACGUCUACACCGGCAUACCAAAUCACCAACUCUCUGGGGGCACCGUCGUUGGAUUCUGGAAUUUGCUUCGAGUCACAUGAAGGUUGAUGUUCUGAAAGACUUGCAAUCCGUUGUACUGGUGGCAGCAGAACGACAUCUUAAAAACUACUAUGCGUUCGUUCACAUGCGAUGGCUUAUUCGAACAUACACGUGCUCAACGGAGACGUUGAGUCUGCAUGACCUUCCUAGAAUCAUUGCAAUUACCAAAGAUUGGUGUCUGAGACAUCCGAAUGACACAUCCGGCUUCUCGUUUCUGCUUUUUGGUCUCUCUCAGUGCCAGUUAGCCAAGUCAACUCAUCCAGACUUAAGUAAUAUGUGCUCGGUAGUUUGUACAGACGUUCUUCGUCUUGCUGUCUCUUUCAAGUGGACGCAUGAAUCAGUCUGGGUGUUCUUGCGAACUCUGGUUGCGGAGUAUGGAACGGAUAGCGAUAUACUGGCGUUUAACACCGCUAUCGAUGAUACAACAAAAGCAUACCCGGAAGGCCAAACGGUUCUCAGAAAAGCAAAAGACUGGUGUGCGAAGUACCAGCAGAAUUAUCUUCACAAACCAUGAAUUUGGAGUGUAA